AUGCGAAUCGUACAGUUAAGAAGAAAUCGCUUAUUUCAAAUAAGUGUUGGAGCAUUUUUCGCUCUUGUGAUUCUGUAUACACUACUAUCAUUCGCCUCGGAUGAUCACGUAAAAACUAUUAAGGGAUACCUAGUCAAAAGCUCUAUACAGGAGCCUGUUCUUGUAGAUGGAUUGGGUAACUUUGAACCCAGAGAUGUAAAACCCAGGACUGGACCUGGUGAAUAUGGAAAGCCUCAUAUUUUAAGAGAUGAGCAACAAAAUGAUAUUCAGCAGUCUGAAUCUGAAUACGGGAUGAACAUGGUCUGUUCGGAUGAAAUUUCUUUAGACAGAGCCAUUCCAGACACGAGACCUGCGGAAUGCAAGCACUGGAAUUAUCCUGAAAAAUUACCUCGCACGAGCGUCAUUAUCGUUUUUCACAAUGAGGGUUGGUCAGUUUUAAUGAGGACUGUCCACAGCGUCCUGAACAGAACACCUCCUCAAUUUUUGGAAGAAAUUCUCCUUGUGGACGACUACUCAGAUAAAGAAAAUCUUAAAGGGGAGUUGGAGUCUUACAUAGAAAAAUGGGACGGAAAGGUGAGAUUAAUAAGGAAUCACGAGAGACAAGGUUUGAUACGAACGAGAUCGCGAGGAGCUCGAGAAGCGACAGGAGAAGUUAUAGUCUUCUUAGACGCGCAUUGCGAAGUCAAUGUUAAUUGGUUGCCGCCUCUAUUAGCCCCAAUUGCUGUGAAUAACAACGUUAUGACUGUUCCCGUAAUCGAUGGAGUCGAUCACAAGACUUACGAGUACCGACCAGUUUAUCAGGAAGGACACCUAUAUAGAGGAAUUUUCGAAUGGGGAAUGUUAUAUAAGGAAAAUGAACUACCUAAUCGGGAAUCCAAAACCCGUCCUCACAACAGCAUGCCAUACAGGUCACCAACGCAUGCAGGUGGUCUCUUUGCAAUAGACCGCAAAUACUUUUUAUCCUUGGGAGGAUAUGACGAAGGUUUACUAGUUUGGGGAGGAGAGAAUUUUGAAUUAUCGUUCAAAAUUUGGCAAUGCGGCGGCAGCAUUUUGUGGGUUCCUUGCUCGCAUGUUGGUCAUGUAUACCGAGGUUUUAUGCCUUACACAUUUGGCAAACUGGCUCAGAAAAAGAAAGGACCUCUGAUUACAAUUAACUAUAAAAGGGUUAUUGAGACCUGGUUUGAUGAAAGGCAUAAGGAAUUCUUUUAUACUAGGGAACCUCUGGCAAGGUUACUGGAUCACGGCGAUAUUACUGAACAGCUUCUUUUCAAGGAACGAAAAAGAUGCAAGAACUUCCAGUGGUAUAUGGAUAAUGUAGCUUACGAUGUUCUUGAUAAAUUUCCUGAACUGCCGCCAAACAUUCAUUGGGGCGAACUGAGAAGCGUCGCAACGUCGGCGUGUUUAGAUACUAUGGGACAUGCUCCUCCUAGUCUGAUGGCUACUUCACAUUGUCAUGGCUUUGGAAAUAAUCAGCUGAUUAGAUUAAAUGCAAAGGGCCAACUAGGGGUUGGUGAGCGAUGUGUAGAGGCGGAUGGACAAGGAGUAAAAUUAGCAUUUUGCAGAUUAGGAACUGUCGACGGACCCUGGCAAUACGAUGAGAAAACGAAGACUCUCUUACAUAGAGUGCACAAAAAAUGUAUGGCGCUUCAUCCUCAAACUCAACAGUUAUCAUUAAUGCCCUGUGAUAUACACAACACAUAUCAACAGUGGAGCUUCCACCAGAUUCAUCCAAGAUGGUGAGACUGAAUUUGAUAUUACGUAACUGAUCAGUGGAUCACCUUUUUAUGAAAUCAUAAACGAUAUCAAAUUUUACUUCAACGAACUGUAAAAGUUCACAAAGAGGAUUGAAAUAAUGACUAUAAUUCAUUAUGCAAAAACACACGAACAUGUUUCUACGGAUACCUGCAUGGAAUGUGAACAAAUUAGUUUAAUUAAAUCCAUUAGUAUAAAAAUGAUAUUAUUAGUUAUAGUCACUAACUUUGAAAAUUCUAUUGGUACAAAGUCAAACGAAAUUAUAAACUUUGGGAAUUCAAAAAGGGUGAAUGGAUAUUUGGAAUUUGAACAAAUUAGAUUAAUUUGAACAAUUAGUUUAAAAAGUACGAUAUUCUUAGUUAGUCACGAACUUUGAAAAUUCUAUUUUGACACCAAUUUGAGACAAAAUUUUUAAUCUUCUUAAUCCAGAAAAAUAAAUAUUUUAAUAUAUUUUCUAUUUCAUGGUAAUCAUUUUACUAUGAUUUCAAUCUUCUACUCACAAACUGAAUCUGUUUUAAGAUACCAACACAACUGACGUCAUCAGAUAAAUUGUCUCUUCACCUGGCAAUGCAUUUUUUAAAUCUAUUAGCAUUCCACCUGUAAAUUAUUUGUAUCUAAUGAAUAUUGUCUUUAAUUAUAUCGACGAAGCAGCUCACACAAAGGGAAUUUUUUGACUGAUUAUUAAGAAAAAUUCCUUUAAUAUUUCGGGAUCGAGGGUCCCCGGAGUGUACUUAAUACAGAUUAUGAAUCCACGAGAUAACAUCAUGUAGAUAAAAUAUAUGAUAAAUAUUGUGUAUUAGAGUGCGACGAAAAAAAGCCUGACAUUCAAAAGUCACUGAAAUAGAUCGAUCGACAUGCUGGGAUUCCUGGGACAACAAUUAGUUUCCAAAAUUCGUCAUUCUCGGAUUUUUGAAAAAAAGCCAGUAAAAUAUAUUUUAAUUGAUUAAUAUUCGAUAUAUAACGAUUAUUUCAGACAAAUCAUUUGUUUGAGGAAUAAGAAAAGACCUGUAAAAAAAUAACAUCUUCCAAAAGUUAUUUCGAAUAAUUUUUUCAUAAUCUGUACAAUAUGCCAAGUUUUCCAAAAUCUACCAAGAUUUCCAGUUUUUCUGGAACUAAAUCUAAUUUUUAUAAACCUCAAAUAAUUAAUAUAAUUUUUAUAAACUUUUCACACUACGUAGAUUUUUUUAACAUUUAGAAACGUUAGCACAUUCAAAACUUACCCAAACAAAAAUAAUGAGAAGAUUUUAGCUAUUAAAAAGGCCAGAAAAAAUUGGCUCAACAAAUUUUAAGAUAGUUUGGAAAUUGUUCAAAAUUAUUUUAGUUUUUUUUUUGUGUUUAUAAAAAUGAGAUUUUGUUCUUUAAAAACAUAAAUAUUGAAAUCUUAAAAAAAUUAAGUCGAGCAUAUUAUUUAGAUUAUGAAAAAAAUAAUAGCAAUUUUUGCAAAUCUCUCAUAAUUAAGAAUUUUUAAACUUAUUUUAGCCCCGCGAAACCUCAGGAUAUUGAUCGAUCUGUUUAAAAUUUGACAGAGAACCUAAAAUGAAACGUGCCUGUU